UUGUUAGAUCUAUGAUUUUUCACUCAUUGCAGUUAAAUCUAUAACACAUUAUAAAUAAGUGAAAACAAGUAGGUAAUUAUUAUUUUAUACGUCUAUAUUACAUAUUUUGCCAAAUAAAAUAAUUUCCAUAAUAUCAUCAUGUCUAAUUUAACAUAUACAUUUUAUCAUCUUCCUAACAAAGAACCAGUCGGAUUGUGUAACAAGAUUGUUCAAGGAUAUCUUCUUAAAUGGUCAAUGAAGAAAUGUUUACGCAUAAAUUAUUAUGCUUUCAAUCAAGAGUUUAAGUCGGACGACAUUAAUCAGUUUGCAUUGGAUUUUUUUCGGGACAACAAUGUGGCAAAUAACUUGCAAGCUAGUUUCAACGAAUUUGCAGGCAACAAUAUAGCUAGAGUUCAGACUGAAUCCAUUCCAUGCACUGUCACUUCGAUGGCAUUUUUCGACAAGCUCUUGGAUCCAAACAAUGGCAUCGUCUGCUUUAGCGGCACUGGUGACGACGGUAUUCACGCAAUACACCAGUGUAUGGAAGUAUGCAAAAACGGCAUAUACAUUUCAAAUAAGCUGAAAAUGAUGCUGUUUGACGAUGAAUGCGAAGAAUAUUUUUUGUACAACGAAGAUGAACGCGCAGAAUUCAUGUUUCGGCUGUUGCAGCAUUUCUCAAUCGGUGGCCAGUGGUGUCAAGAUGACGUAGUUGUCGAACCGUACUUAGACGCAAUAAAAUACAUUUACAAAGAUCUACUCGCAGUCGAAAAAAUUCCUGAGUCUGGAAUACAAGUCUCGUCCAAGAUGUACCAAGUCGUUGCUUUCGAUUCCAAUGACACAGUUUUAUUUCCAAAAGAAAUCAAAAGCCCCAUACCGUAUAGUUUCGCAUAUUUAGUUGUAAAUCCUAAAUCUCGGACUGUCGCAUUAUUUUUUCAUAAUGUUGGUGACAAAAUUUAUACUUGAAAAAAUAUUCUUUUUAUUA